AUGUUUCAUGCAGGACAAGUCGGGCCAAAAAGCAGCUUGGCUUGGUCAUUAAAGGGUGUUUCAGGUUGUUGUGGGCUUCAUUCAUUCCCAAGGGUUCUUGGGACAGCAGUUGCCUCACUGCAGGUCGUUUUGCCGAGGCUGUCAGACACGAAGGGCUAUUGCAACGCUUCUGAAUUACCUGCAGCUUCAAAGGACAGCGGGCAUGAUCUUCCUGUGAGCACUCCUCGUUUGUUUCUGGCAACAUCGCAGCAGGCUUACAAGCAGCGGCCGCCGAUAGAAAAGUUGCCCAUGAAGAGGUGGACUGUAAGGCCUUCCGAAGCCUCAGCAUGUGUGUCGCAUUAA